AUGGAGAAGAAGACGAUCCAAGGAGAGCUGGACAUAGAGCAGCAUCGAGAGCUGCCGGGACGGGCUGGAUGGCGUGUCAUGGCCCUGCGUCUUGCCCAGUUGCUCUGUUUGACGGGAGCACUCUAUGCCUGUGUCUCCUAUGGCCGUCUGGGCCGUGAAAACAGAGCCAUCGACGUGGAUCGAUUGAUGCAAGAGUCUCCGUUGAUAGAUACACACGAUGACUUCCCCGAGUUCAUCCGUUCGAUGUACGGAAACGACAUCUACCAGAAGAACUUCACCGUUAAGGACGGCCUCCCCUUGCAUGUUGACUUCCCCAGGCUUCGUAAGGGCCGUGUAGGGGCUCAGUUCUGGAGUGUUUAUGUUGACUGUCCAAAAGUAUCAGACAAAUAUGAUGACUCGGUCUACUCGAAGAAUGUCCAUGAUACAUUCCAGCAGAUAGACCUGGUGCAGCGUCUCAUCCAGGAAUAUCCAGAUACCCUCAUAGGCGCCCUGACGGCAGAAGACGUGAGGCGCAACUUCGUCCAGUCUCCCGGCAAGAUCUCAAGCUUGAUGGGCAUCGAAGGCCUUCAUCAGAUCGGAAACAGUGCAAGCAUCCUUCGAGCAUACUACAAUCUCGGAGUCAGAUACGCUACCCUCACCCAUUUUUGCCACAACAAGUACGCUGACAGCGAACACCCUGCCAAACCUCUCCACGGCGGCCUGUCAGAUGCAGGAAAGGAACUCGUUCUGGAGAUGAACCGUAUAGGGAUGAUGGUCGAUAUCUCGCAUACCAGCGCAGACACGCAGCGUGACGCACUGAAGGCGUCUCGUGCACCCGUCAUAUUCUCACACUCCAAUGCAUUUGCUCUCUGCAAACACACUAGAAACGCACCGGAUGAUGUGCUACACAUGCUAAAGGAUAACAGGGGUGUCAUUAUGGUGACUUUCUUGCCAGCAUAUGUGAAUAUAUCGGGUAAGGCCAGUCUGUCUGAUGUUGCCGAUCAUAUUCAGUAUAUCGGAGAUUUGAUCGGCUACCAGCAUGUUGGAAUCGGCUCCGAUUUCGAUGGUAUGGGUAGCGUUCCGGAGGGCCUUGAGGAUGUCUCUCAUUAUCCCGAUUUGAUUCAGGAGCUGGUCAACCGUGGCGUCAGUGUCGAAGAUAUCAAGGAUGUGAUGGGAAGAAACAUCCUUAGAGUCCUGGAGGAAGGUGAAAGAGUAGCGGCAAAGCUAUCCAAGUGUGUGAAGCCUCUUCAGGACCAUAUUGAGUAA